AUGACUUCGCACAUAGAGCAACCGAUAAUGCUAAAAAAUGGCUUGACGCUGCCAAACCGGUUAGCCAAGUCUGCCAUGGCGGAGAACCUAGCAGAUAAGGACCUUUUGCCAACCGAUCAAGUCUAUACUGCCUACAAGACCUGGGCCAACGGCGGCUGGGGACUGAUAAUCACAGGGAACGUGCAGGUUGAUCCUCGUCACCUGGGUCAAGCCGGAGAUAUUGCCAAUAACGAUGCCAUCGACAGGAACCGUAUCCUAGACAGCUGGAAGAAGUGGGCAUCUGUCUCUAAAAGUGGCGGAACCCCAACUGUCACCCAGAUCAGCCACCCCGGUCGUCAAUCUCCAGCCGGCGCUGGUACUCGAGGUUUAUUCGACAAGACGCUCGCUCCCAGCGCCAUCCCUCUCCGACUCGGCAAAGGCAUAUUCGCGGGUGUGGUCUCCAGGUUACUGUUUGGAACGCCACGAGCUAUGACGGUCGCGGAAAUUCUGGACGUCCAGGAUCGUUUCGUCAAGACAGCAGUUCUUGCCGCUGAUGCUGGAUUCGGUGGCAUAGAGCUUCAUGGAGCACACGGAUAUCUUCUUUCACAAUUCUUGAACCCCAAGACUAACCACCGAACUGACGAGUAUGGAGGAUCAGCUGUUAAUAGGACAAAGAUUGUAGUGGAUAUCAUCAAGGCGAUCCGCAAGGCUGUGCCACCGAGCUUUACAGUUGGCAUCAAGUUCAACUCUGUCGAUCACCAGUCUUCACAAGCCCUGGAGGACUGUCUCGAGCAACUCCGCUUGAUCACAGAUGCCGGCAUCGAUUUUCUCGAAAUUAGCGGCGGAAGUUACGAGGAGCCACUUGGUCUCGUCGACCCCGAUAAAGUCCGAGGCGUCAAGAAAGAAAGCACCAAGGCCCGAGAAGCCUUCUUUCUUGACUUUGCGACCGCUAUCAGAGAUCAAUUCCCUGGCCUGCCGUUGCUCGUCACAGGCGGUUUCCGUAGCCGCAAGGUGAUAGAGGAUGCUUUAGCAAGCGGUUCACUUGACAUUGUUGGUCUAGCAAGGCCAGCAAUGCUGGAUCCCUCUGUUCCGACAAAUACCUUCCUGAACAAGAGCAAGAAGGAUAGCGAGGCACGGGCCAUUGCAAUUUCUAUUCCAACCCCUUGGCUGCUGAAGAAGAUUGGCAACUAUGUCAUUGGAGCUGGCUAUGAAACGGCUUGGUAUGGAAGGAAGAUCAAGACACUGGGUAAAGAGUAA